AUGGAAGAUCGAGAUGGUAAAAAAACAUUUGUUAUACCAAAAACUCGUACAUCAAAUAAAGAUGUUUUAAUAACAGAAAAAACUGAUAGUCGUAAUGUAACAGAAUUAUUUGAUGAUAUAAAAUCUUGUUCAUUAGAAGCACAUUUUGAUUUUCGACAAAAUGAAUGUAAAUCAUGUGAAACAAUACGUAAUCAAAAAUUACAAAAAUUAUAUAAUGAAAGAAAAACUCAGAUGAAAAAAGAUCAAGAUCCAACAGAACGUUUUGCUUUUCAUUUAAUUACAUCUCGAGAUAUAGCACUAAAUAUAGCAACUGAUGGUAUUACAUGUGAACAAUUAUCUUUUUCACUUGAUAAAUAUCUUGGAAAUCCUAAGGAUGGUAUACAUCUAUCACGACGACCAGAUGUUCUUUUAGCAUCAUCUGGUAUACAAGGACUUCAUAAAUUUGGAUUAUUAAUUUGUAAAAUAAUUUUGGGUAAAGGAUAUGCAACUAUACCUUCAAUAAAUAAUAAACAAUUAUCUGCACAAUUACAUUAUGAUCAUCAUUUUUGUAAAAUUCAAUCGUUAAAUAAAGAACAACGUCAUAUUGAUGAUUUAUUAGCAAAUAGUUUAAUAUUCUGUUAUGAACAUGAAGAUUUAAAAACUCUUUCACGUCCAUCUCAAAUCUUACCUCUUGCAAUCCUAUGGUAUGAUCUUAAAGAAAAAUUCUCAUCUAAAUUAACAUCAACAUCUCAAGAAUCUCAACAGAAUAAUGAUAAACCAAUUAAAUUAAAAAAUUCAAAUCAAAAUAAAUCAUCUAUAAAAUCCAUACCAAAACCAAUCUCAACAUUAAAUACUGGUACUUGGGAUGAUCUUACACAAGAAUCAACAAAUACUUCAAUAAUAUCAACUAUAUCAAAUAAAUAUCCUAGUCAACUUAUGUUACCAUUAUCAUCAUUUAGUAAUUUACAACCAUUAACUAAUUAUCGUGAUCCUCGUUUAAUACGAACAGUUAUUUCAUCGGAAAUAAUUCCAUUAUCACCUCAACAUCCAAUAAAUGAACGAUCACAAUUAGAUGGAUCAUCAUUAAAAUCAAUAAAUAAUAUUAAAAAAAAUUCUUUAAUUAAUAUUCCAUUAAAUUCAACAACAGAAUUAAUUGAUCCACGUUUACAAACUUAUAAAUCAAAACAAAAUAUUUUUUAUCUUGAAUUAAAAGCUGUUAAACAUGCAUUACAACAACAAAAACGUCUUAAUAAUUAUUAUUAUAAUUCAAAAAAUAAUACAAAACCUAAAACAAAUUAUACACUUAUACCAUUUCUUAUACGUUCAAUGUCAUCAGAUGAAUAUGAAACAAAUAAUAAUAAUAAUAAUAAAGUAUUAAAUCAAUCAUCUUAUUCAGAUUAUUCAUCAUUAUUUGUAUCAGUUGUUGAUUGUUUUCAUUUUGGUUUAAAAAAUCCAAAUAAUCAAUUAUAUAUUGAUUUAGAAGAAAAUGAUAAUAAAUUAGCAUAUGAACAAAUAAAUAUAUCAAAUCAAUUAAUUCAAUAUGAAAAACAAUUAAAUUCUCAAGAAAUACGUUUACAUUUAAGAGAAAAACGACAAAGAAAAAUUCAAGAAUAUUUUAAUCAACAAAAAAAAAAUCAAUUAGCAAAUUCUAGAACUUAUAUUAAUCUCGGUCGAAAAGUAUUAAAAGAACAUCAAAUAAUAACAACAUCGUCAUCAUCAUCAUCAUCAUCAUCAUCAUCAAAUCAACAAAUAUCAUUAGAAUUAUUAGAUUUUUUUUGUUAUGAAUAUCAACAUGAAAAUCGACCUAAUGUAAAACGUCUUUUAGCUGAACUUAUUGGAGUUUUUGUUGAUAAAUAUGGUUUGGAAAAUAAACAAACUACAUCAAACAAUAUUCAAGAUAAAGUAAUUGAAGAUGCUGUCAUGGACGAUCAAACAAUCAAUACUGUUAUUGAUAUGGAUCUUGAAUCUCCAUCUUCACAAGGAUUAUGUGAUUAUGAUGAACGUUUUCGAGCACAAACACCACAACCACCACCACCAUCUGUCAAUGAAUCAACCUAUAAUCAACUUCUUACAUCUUUACCUAUAACUCAAACAUUAUCUAUAGAAACAAAUAAAACAUCUGAUGAAUUAAAUAAUAAUAAUAAUAAUAUUGAACUUGUUCAACCUAUACAAAUAGAUUUACCAUUAUCUAUAACAAAUAUAACUACUGAUAAUGUUGUUUUUAAAUCAAAUAAUGAAUCAAUUGAAUUUCCAUCUAAUGAAAAUAAUAAUAUUGAUAAUAAUCAUUCAAUAAAUAUGAAUAAUGAUUUAACACAAAUAAUAAAUUCAAAUUCAUCAAUGGAUAUUGAAAAUGAUUCAACUCGUUCACGUGAUGAAUUUGUUAAAUUAUUAACAAAAGAAGUUUAUACAAUAAAAUCACCAAGUCCAUCAAAAAUUCUUAAUCAUCGUAGACGUUCAUAUGAUAAUGAUGAAUCAAAUAUAAAUAAAAAUCUUUCAUCAACACGAACAGUAACACUUGUAUCAAAAAAUUAUGAAGAUAAUAUAAUAAUUGAAACAACAAAUAUGAAUCAAGAAAAACAAGAUGAAGAACCAACAGUUAAACGUAUUAAAAUUACAUCAAAUAGUGACACAGAUUCUCCUAUUAAAAUUAUCGAUGAUCAUGAUUAUCGUCAAGAUCUUGAUGAAAGAAAACGACAAAUACAAAUGAAUAAACAAUCAUCACGUUCUCGUUCACGUUCAAAAUCCACAAGUUCACGUAAUUCAUCUAUAAAAGAAUCUAAAACACGAUCACCAUCAUCAUCAUCAUCAAGUCGUGCAUCAUCAAUUAGUAAUCGUUAUCGACGACAACAACAAAAUGAAUAUAACUAUGAACAUCAACAUUCAUCAGAUAGAUCUUAUCAUUAUCAUCAACGAAAUAUAAAUAAUUCAACUUCAAUUCAUUCACAACCUAUACGUCAUCAAAGAUUUAAUUAUAAUCAUCAAUCAGUUGCUGAUCAUCCACGUUUUGCUAAUUUAAAUACACGAUCUACUCCAAUAAAGAGUCUCAUGUAUGAUUCAUUUAAUACAUCGAAUUAUUCACAAUCCAUAACAGAUUAUCAUGAUAGAUCAACUAUAACAAAUACAAAUCAAAAAUACUGUUUUAACUCUUCGUAUUAUAAUGAAAUAUCUUCUAACUAUCAAAAUUAUUCAGAUAAUCAGAAUAAUAAUCUUCCACCACCUCAACCAUUAAUGUCAACUACACCAGCAAUGAAUUUUUCCUAUUCAUAUGAUUCAAAACCAUCUAAUACAAUAGAACGUUUACAAAUGAUUCUUCAAAAUAGAUCAACAACAUCAUAUGAACAUGAACAAACAUCAAUAAAUGAUUAUUCUUCAUCGUCUUAUGCAAUGAAUCCAUCUCAAAAUAGUAAUAAACCUCCUUGGUCUUCAACAAGAUAA